AUGGAUCCUGCGUCGUCUUCGACCGUGUCGAACGACUUUGCCAAUACUUUGAUAUCCGUUCUCCGGCUGCCGACCAGGGAACGAUUGUCGUGCAUGUUGAACGCCACGAAAGUCAUUCCAUCACCCGAAAAAUUACCCAGGGAUUGGAGAGGAUUGUGCACACUUUUGAAUUACAUAAUACCAUCAGGAUGUGAUCCAACUGACCCGAUUGGUAAAAUAUUCAAGUUUUGUGAAGCCAAAACUACUAUAGCACAUUUUAAACGGUGUCUAGAACGAAUAGACAGGUAUGAUGUUGUGGAAGAGACCGAAGAAUUAUUUAUUUCUGAUAUUAUAUAUUUUAAAGAACAAUGUGCUUUAGCAAAAUAUCCAACUCCAGAAGUACCGAACGAUUUUGACAUCAAUAACAUUACUAUAGAUGAUAUAAAUUCAUCCAAAAAUGGUCUUCCUCUUACAAGAUAUGAUGCAUUUUUACUGUAUGAUACGGCAGAUACACGAUCAGCUGCCGCUGUAGUAGACAAAUUAGAAACUGAUUUCAAGCUGAAGCUAUGCUUAAGAGAACGAGAUUUAAGACCAGGUGUUAUGUUCGAGUAUCAGUCUAUAAUAAAAUUGAUAUCUGAUCGAUGUAAUUGGUUAAUCAUUAUAGUUUCAAAUGAUUUUUCAAACAGCCCUUGGAAUAGAUUUAUUGUGAAUUAUAUACAGUCGUCAGCCAUUGAAAAACGGAAACCUAAAAUUAUUCCAUGUGUAUUUAAUGAUUGUGUAUUACCCGAAGAACUUAAAUGUUAUGUUCACUUAUAUUUUAAUAAAUAUAAUCCUUUUUGCGACCCAUGGCAAAAACUAAUGAUAACUGUGUCACCUUCUACGAAUCUAGCGUUGACCGACAGUGUGAAGCAAAAUAACAGUUACCAGAAGUUAAAAAUCGAGAAACCUGUGAAUAUCAAUACUACAAAUGUAGAUAAAAAAAAAGUGAUAAAGUUUCCGAGUGAAGAAAACAAACCGCAGCCUAAACGCAAAAGUGUUUUUGAUAGAUUAGUUAAGAAUGUCGGAAAUAUAUCUGUUAAAGUUGUUCCUAAAAAAUGGAGUGAAAAGAAAGUAAAAUGCACUAGUCUAUGA